GUACAUAUACUUCACUAAACUUCUUCUUUAAAAGAACAACUACCACCUUCAUACAAACCCUUCUUCAUUCAUUCCAUCCCAACCAUGAGAGCCGGAGGUUGCACAGUGCAACAAGCACUCACACCGGAAGCGGCGAGCGUAGUAAAACAAGCGGUGAGUCUCGCCCGCCGGCGAGGCCAUGCACAAGUGACACCUCUCCACGUAGCCAACGCCAUGCUCUCCUCCUCCACCGGUCUUCUCCGUGCCGCCUGCCUCCAAUCCCACUCUCAUCCUCUUCAGUGCAAAGCUCUUGAGCUUUGCUUCAACGUUGCUCUUAAUCGUCUUCCAGCUUCCUCUUCUUCAAGCCCUAUUCUUUCUCACCAUCACCACCACCAUCACCACCAACACCACCACCCUCCGUCUCUUUCCAACGCUCUCGUUGCUGCCUUCAAGCGUGCUCAAGCUCACCAGCGCCGGGGAUCUAUUGAAAGCCAGCAACAACCAUUACUUGCUGUCAAGAUAGAGCUUGAACAACUCAUCAUCUCCAUCUUGGAUGAUCCCAGUGUCAGUAGAGUCAUGAGAGAAGCUGGCUUCUCUAGCACCCAAGUCAAGUCCAACGUUGAACAAACCAUUUCCAUGGAGGUUUCCAACCCUAAUGCAUCCUCCACUCCUUCUUCAAACCCUAAACCUAGCAAACCACAGGAGAGUCAUAGUACUAGUGAUCAAGAUGUUAUGUAUGUGAUUGAUAGUCUAGUAAGCAAGAGAAGAAGAGGUGUUGUACUAGUUGGAGAGUGUUUAGAAAGCAGUGAAGCAGUUGUUAGAGCAGUGAUGGAUAAGGUUGAGAAAGGAGAUCAUAUUCCUGAGAGUUUAGGAAAUCUUCAGUUUGUCAUCCUGCCUCUGUUCUCACUUGGUCACAUGUCUAGAGAGGAAGUUGAACACAAGAUAGGGGAACUUAGAUGUCUUGUUAAGAGUUGUUAUGGUGGGAAAGGAGCUGUUCUUUAUCUUGGUGAUCUUAAAUGGGUGGCUGAGUACUAUAACAAGGGUAGAGGCUUCUACUGUCCAGUUGAGCAUAUGAUCAUGGAGAUUGGGAGGUUGCUUUGUGGUAGUAGCACUAGUCAUGAAGGUGAUGGUGUUUCUCAAAACUUUUGGCUCAUGGGGAUUGCAUCUUUUCAGACUUACAUCAAGUGUAGAUCUGGAAGUCCUUCUUUAGAGUCUCUUUGGGCUCUUCAUCCUCUCACCAUUCCUUCUGGCAGCUUAGGAUUGAGCCUUAACUAUGAUAAUAGUCCACAAAACCAGAUGGUGAAAACCAAGAGAAGUGGAGAUGGAUCUUCUUUCUGGUCUUUGAUGGAUAAAGGAGUAGGCAAUCAGCUCAAUUGCUGCAGUAGUACUGAUUAUUCUCUAAAGUAUGAUACCGAUAAUCACCGAAAAGUUUCCAGUAGUAAUGGUUCAGUUACCACUAGCUUACCAUCAUGGCUUCAACAAUACAAAGAAGAGAAGAAGAGCAGAGAAACAUCCAAUGAUCAGGACUCUCUUCAAGUUCAUCAAUCAUCAUGCAAGAACUGGAGCUCCAUUUGCAGUUCAUCCCAUAAACAUCAUCACCAACUCUCUGAGAUGACACUGCAUUUCUCCUCAUCUUCUCCAUCCUCAUCUUCAAUCUCUUCCCAUGAGCACCAUUAUGGUUUCCAGCAGACCGAUCAGCCAUGGCUGAUAAGUGCCAAACAUCCAUGGAGAGAACACCAUCUCUGGUUAUCAGAAUCAGUUAAUGAAGGCUUUGAAUCAAGCUCUAUGAAGUUCAGUAAGGAAACUAAAGGUUUUGGAAUUCUAAAACCAAAUCCUCUCUCAACUUCUUCAAGUGAUCACACUAUGGAGAUGGAUCAGUGCUACCCUCACAAGUUCAGGGAGCUCAAUGCAGAGAAUUUAAAGACAUUGUGCAAUGCUUUGGAGAAAAAGGUGUCAUGGCAUAAGGAUAUCAUUCCAGACAUUGUGAGCACCAUUCUCCGGUGUCGGUCUGGGAUGAUGAGAAGAAAAGAAAGGAUUAAAUCAACAGAUACUAAAGAAGAUACAUGGUUGUUCUUCCAAGGUGGAGAUUGUGAAGCCAAAGAGAAGAUUGCUAGAGAGUUAGCAAACCUUGUAUUUGGUUCAAGUAAUAAUUUGGUAACUAUAUCACUCAACAACUACUCAUCAACAACGAAGUCAGACUCAAGCGAUGAUCUUCGAAACAAGAGAGUGAGAUCAGAAGCAAGUCAUAGUUAUCUUGAGAGGUUCUUUGAAGCUAUCAAAGACAAUCAUCACAGAGUUUUCUUGAUGGAGGACUUAGAGCAAAUUGAUUAUUGUUCUCAAGUAGGAAUCAAGAAUGCAAUAGAAAGAGGAAGAAUACGAGGUCCGAAUGGCGAAGAAGCGAGUGUAGGUGAUGCUAUCCUUAUCUUGAGUUGUGAAAACUUCGACUCAAGAUCAAGAGCUUGUUCUCCUCCAGUGAAACAAAAAUCAGAGAGUCAUGAAGAGGAUGAGAAAGAAGAUGAAGGUGACAAUGAGGUUGGUUCAGGCAUUUUCUUAGACUUGAAUCUUUGUGCUGAUGAUGAAGAAGCAGAUGAAGAUGUUGUUGUUGUUGAUGAUGAUGAUGUGGGGCUUUUGGAAUCAGUGGAUAGAUCCUUCUUCUUUAACUUGCAUGAAGAUCACUUGUAAUUUACUUCCUUACAAAAACUUCUUUGCAUGCUUCUUUCUUUGUUUUUUUUUUUUUAAAGGAGAGAAAUUUCUCUUUAUAUUUGUUAUGAGUUUUAUUUUUAGUUCUUGAUAUGUUGUGAUGAAACUUUUUUUUUUGUCUUCAUUUUAUUGUGAUAAGUUUGAGUUUGGGAAGU